AGCGUGAUAGGAAGGGACUAUCCUGAACGGAACCGAGAUCAUUUCUGCCCCUACGUUCACGGAGAGAGUGUCCGUUGGUUCUGAUGAAAGAACUCAGCCGUAACUCGGGUGUAUUUCAUAACCCGGGCUAACCAUCCUCACACAUGCGCUGACACAGUAUCCAGAUCUUACACACGGGUGGCGGAGGGAACAUUUGACUCGGUUGGUUUGACACAUUGUUAAUAUUAAGCCUACGAGAGACGCGCAGAGGGGGAAGAAGAUGUUGCUGAAGGAGUACAGGAUAUGCAUGCCCCUCACAGUGGAGGAGUACCGGGUUGGGCAGCUGUACAUGAUCAGUAAACACAGCCACGAGCAGAGUGAUCGAGGGGAAGGAGUGGAGGUCGUCCAGAACGAACCGUAUGAAGACCCGGCACAUGGCCAAGGACAAUUCACAGAGAAACGAGUCUACCUCAACAGUAAAUUACCCACCUGGGCUCGAGCAGUGGUUCCGAAAAUCUUCUACGUGACAGAGAAAGCAUGGAACUACUACCCUUACACCAUAACAGAAUAUACAUGCUCAUUCCUGCCCAAGUUCUCCAUCCACAUAGAGACAAAAUACGAGGACAACAAAGGAUGCAAUGACAAUAUCUUUGAUACCGAGUUGAAGGAGCAGGAGAGGGAGGUGUGUUUCGUCGACAUCGCCUACGAUGAGAUCCCUGAGCGCUACUACAAAGAGUCUGAGGACUUGAGAUAUUUCAAGUCAGAAAAGACGUCGCGGGGGAUUCUUCAGGAGGGCUGGAGGGACACCCAGGAUCCCAUCAUGUGCUCAUACAAACUUGUCACUGUCAAGUUUGAGGUGUGGGGUCUGCAGACACGUGUGGAGCAGUUUGUGCACAAGGUGGUUCGGGAUGUACUGCUGCUGGGACAUAGACAGGCAUUUGCUUGGGUGGAUGAGUGGAUUGACAUGACAAUGGACGAGGUGAGAGAAUUUGAGCGCACCAUCCAGGAGGCCACCAACCAGAAGAUUGGGAUUUUUCCACCGUCGAUCUCCAUCAGCGACACACCCUUGUCCUCCGGUUCCCUCACUGGCCCUGCCAGCGCCCCCUCCACCCCUAUGUGCACUGAUGCGCCUGAGUACCUUCCUGUUCCCAAGGACCGACCACGAAAAAAGUCUGCUCCAGAAACCCUGACCCUUCCCAACCCUGCCCCAAGUGGCAUCCCCCAGGGCUCUACCCUGAGCCCACUACCGGAUUCAAACCACCUUCAAUCAUCCACACCACCCUCCUCCAACUGUGAUCUUGCUGAGAUUGACGAGCAGUAGAGGGUACUUUGGAUGGCUUUCCCCACCCCGUGCUUGACUUAUUCUCACAAACCCAUUGUCUUAGUAGCCCAACAAGUCUAGCCUAACCUCCUAACACCAGUGGCCAGACAUUCAAGUUCUCUAGCCAUAUCUAAUGAUUUGCUAUAAUCCUGGACACACAACAGUCAAUCACAAUAUAAGUCUACAUCAGUGUCACUGAUACCAUCCAAGCGGCUGUAGGCUUAGCCAUCCUGUUGUGGCUGAAAUCCUCUUCUAGUGUGUCUAGCCAGCCACAUGUCUCAUCUAUUAUAACAACCACCUGUGAUGUCUAAUCAAAACAGAAUGCAUCCCUAAUUAUUUUUGUAGAGCGGCAGUUCUUUGUUAUAUGAAUACAUUAUUCUUAGUGUUUCCUUAGUUAUGUUUUCUUCAAUCAGACAAACUGAUUGCUUUCAAACUGUUGAACUAUGAAGUAGUUGCCUUAGCACCACAGAGCCAGUGGUGUUUAUUAGUCUUGCCAAUGUGUGCAAAUGAAUGCCUGACAAAUAUUAGAAUUUUUCAGUCUGUAAAAUGGCUGUAUAUAUUAAAUUAGAAAUGAAAUCAAUUACACAAAGUAAAGUAGCACAGUAGAUAUAAUAUGUUAGAGUAACACACACCAGAAAGACAGCUAAGUACCCUCAUAACAGAGCCACUUAGCAACUGUUUCCUGAGCUGUCCAAACUGGCCUGCGGAUCAGAUUGCACCAAUCCUUUCCAUCCCAAACUCCAAUUAUACAACAGAUGCAAGAUCAGUACAAUCAUAGAGAGUUUACACCUCAGGUUUCCUGACUCUACCAGACUCGCACUCCAAAGGCAGGGAUAUUACUUUACCUUUCUCCCCCUGCCUCUUGCCAAACAGUGACUUUUUAUACCUCCACAGAUAUUACAAUACACCAACUAUUGUAUGUACUAUACCAGUAUACUUAACCCUUGGAAUGUUUACACAUCAGAAAUCAUUUGCAUAUUAGCAGUAACGUUGUACCUUAAGCUGUUGUUAUCUGCACUUGCGGUUUUAGCAUGACAGUUUAAUGUUUCUAAAAUGUAAUUUGUUGAAGUUUAGUACUGCAUAUAUCUUACUCAAGUUGACUCAGAGGCCAGUACAAAAAAAUAAUAAUUAAAAUGUUGCCUGAAACUAAUGCUGGACAUCUCAUGUGACAUAAACAUGAUCCAAUUUUAUCAAAUCAGCAAAUCACUUUGUCAUAUGUAGGAACAAGGCCAUUUUGGGGAGUUUUUAAGCAUUGACUGAUCUUUGUGCACAUUGGAGGUAAUGACUACUCAAAGCUUGAUUUGAGGAGAAGGGCACAUGCAUCAAGCUGACUUGAGUAUGUGCUUUAAUAGCUGCAUAGUGUUUGCAGAAGUGUGGAUACAUUUUACUUUGCCAGUGAUGGUUGAUGGUUGGUAAUACUGACCUAGUGUUUUGGUAGGCGCGGAAAAUGAUUUUGAAACGGGAACAUCUUUUGCAGUGCCCCUGUAUUUGUGCUGGGCAUGUACUGUUAGUUAAUCUGAAAGGAGAAAUAAAUACAUGAGGACAGCAAGUUAUUCUUUGAAACCCCUUUUUUCCACACAUUGGCUACUCAAAUAAAGGGUUUUAUAUGCUGCAUGGAAUGUUCACAACAUAUCUACAUAUUAUGUGAAGCAUAUAUGUAUAUAUUGUAAAUUAAUGGAUUGGUACAGUAUAUUUGGUGAUGCUGUAGGGAAAAUAGUGAAUGCCAACUUUGGAAACUCUGUACUAAUUUUGUAUUGUAGUAAAAGCAGAUUUUGAGUGAAACGUAAGCAUGCUCAGAAUAUAGACCUACAAACUCUUUCAACUCAGUGCCUCUGCAUGCAACUAUUGUAUCAUCACCAUUUCUUUGCCUGUUUUUUUUAUCUCAAAUGUUGCAUAUUACCAAUAAUAAAUGGGCUACGGCCCCAUAACACACAAGCCAAACUACUACAUAAUCAGAUCAAAUUAAUUGCAUCAAACUACAUCAUCUGACUCUAAAGUAUCAGGGCUUACUUGUUAUUCUAUUUCAAGUAAUUAGAAUAUUUUUGUACCCUAUUCUUACCAAUUACUUCUUACUUUACAGUGCAAAUGCAUUUUGCACUUUCCAUUCUUUAACACCUCAUUUGACAAUGAAGAAAUGUGUUACAAAACAGUUUUGUGGGGUUUGUUGGACCAAAGUCCUAUAAAACAGUAUAGUGACUUAAAAGAGGAUAUUCGAGGAGAGAGUCCUCAGUGGUUUUGCCAUAAAAUAUUGUUAAUAUUAUGUACUGUUUCUCACUUGCUUUUGUUAAACAAAACAACUGUAGCUAUUUAUCUGUAACGGUAGCUUUUGUCUUUGCCUUUUGAGGAUACAAAUGUUAUAUACCAGUUAUUGGCCCUCUGUAUUGAUCUAUUAUGUAUAGAUUUUACAUACUUACAACUCUGGUAUUGACCAUCUCUCUUGUCAGGAACACAGAGAUCCAGGGAUAUGUUUGAUCUACCAUGGGCUGUUAAAAAUAAUGCAAAAUAAUAUCCAAUUGUGUAACAUUAAGCUUUGCUCUGUUUAAAAGAGUAACAUAUUAGUUAUUGUAAAUACUAUUGUUAAUGGCUGAUAUAGUAGGUUUCUUACAUUUAAUCUGUUCUAAGUUGCAUUACUGAUGUGACAUGAAUGUGCUCAAAGAUUUCAAAUAGACAGAGAAGGAUAUUCUUUAGUGUUUGUGCGAUAAAGAUAACUGCUCCACAGACCUGAUUUAAAGGUUUGUUUUAAUGUGUCUUUAUCUAUGAUGUUGUUAUCUAUUGAGGAUACUAAAUUCCGUUAAGUUUACUCUUCUCAAUCAAGUUUCAAGGUUCCUCAUAGUGGUGCACUUUGGACUCUCCAGUUGCUUUUUCAUGCCCUUGCAGGGCAAAAUUAUUUGUACCAGUUGUAAACAAAUUGCUUUUCUUUUUAGUAGGGUGUCAGCUUUGACGUUUUCUUGCCAUGGUAAUUGAGAGGUUAUUGGCUUUUCUGUUGUUUCUUUAGUAAACCUGCUGUACUUUGAAUUUGUGGUUGCUGUAUUGUUUGAAGGAAAAUCUAAAUUUGUUUCUCAUUAAUACUUUGGAUAAAAGGACCAAGCUUUUUGCUCCUCCUCCCCUCCCCCGAUACAGUUUGCAUUCAGCCAGGCUGUUGUGCUGUCUCCUGAUAACUGGGACCUGUCUCACCAACCAGGAUCACUGAGUUAUGUAGUGUACGGAACUGUUCUGUGUUGGCGAUCAGAUCCGCUUUCUCGAUUAAUCCUGCUUUGUGAAACAGGCCCUAAGUGCCAUUUGUUUUUGACUGCUGGAAGUCGCUCUUAGUUCUUCCACUUUAACUAUUAUUGUAAUUGUUAUAUUUUACUUCCCUUUGAGGUUCAUUUGGUUCUUUGUUGUAAUUAUUGAUAUACUUUUUCUGAAAUAGAUAAAUAAACUUUACUAGCUAUUGCAA